GUGGAAAUUAUCCGGAAAGGAAGCGAGGGCGGGCGAGCCGGAGAAGGGCGGUGUUGCUUCAGUCAGCUGACGAGGGCACGGCAAGGGUGAAAGGGUUUCAAAACACAGCACUUCUGAUUGCUUCUUCGUGUUGUUGCUUCCUCACUGCUAAACUAGGGAUCGUAGAAGAGGUCGAACCGACAGCUAGUACAUGACAAGGCCCCGGCUGCUUAUAUUGCAAUCUACGCCAUGGAGGCGAUAAAUUAACCUUUUUUCCCCUAUUAAAAGAAGCGACCGGGUUGCUGCGCUCCCUGCAAUGUCAAAGAAGCCAUUAAGCUUCCCUACCAAAAAUGAAGACUGUAGCAAGAAUGAGGUGGAAAAUGGACAUCCAAACCUAUCUCCUCCUGCUCUUGGUACAUACACAGUUGAAGAGCUGGUACAGCAAAUGAAAGAGCUUAUCACUGAGAACAAUGGACUUAAAGAAGCCAUGAGGCAGCGCAAUCAAGCCAUGAAGGAUCGUUUUGAAGAGGUUUCUGCGUGGAGAGAGAAGCUGAAAGAAGAGCGGGAAUUUUAUGAGACCAAAUUCAAAGAGGCUAGACAGUGCUUGGCAACCAAAUGUAACGAGAAUGAAGCACUUAAAAAACAACUCCAAAUUUUAGAAGAAAGAGUAGUACUACUCUCAAAUGAAUGUGCAGUUUCCAAAAAGGAGAUGGUACAAGAACUGGAGCAGCUGAAGACACAGGUGGUGAAGCUCCAGACUGAGAAGGCAGAUCUGGUUGCCAUUAUUUCAGAGCUGCAGCUUAAACUCAACACCACCGUAACCGAAGACUCAUUUGUUGAGAUUGGAAUGCAUGAAGGAGAAGUAAAUGGGGCUUUAAAAGAAAAUAAAGAUCUAAGUGGCAAAAGACUGGGUGACACAGCUGCCUACAGUAGGAGCAGAUCGGUGGAUGAAACAAAAAACUACUUGGAAUCUGAAGAAUUGACUGUCAGCCAGCUUCUUCGUUGCCUCAGGAAUGAAACUCAGAGGAGGGAGGCGUUAGAAAAAGAGCUUCAGAAAGAGAAGGACAGAUUGUUGAAGCUGGAAGAGAAAGCAGAUCAAUUUGAGAAAGGCACGCAAACGGACCUUGAAGAAGAGGACAUGAAAGAGAGAGAAGAGAGUGUGGGCAGUGAAGUAGAAACUCUAAACCUGCAAGUGUCUGUCCUGUUCAAAGAACUUCAGGAGACACAUGCCAAAUUAAAAGAAGCUGAGCAGAUCCAGAAAAGGCUGCAAGAAAAGUGUCAGGUACUUGAACAAAAACAUAGUGCCAGUGCUGGAGACUUGGAUGAGAAGCAGCAGCUGUUGUACACCAUUAAGAAGCUGGAACUUCAGGUGGAGAGCAUGCAGUCCGAAAUCAAGCUGGAGCAAACCAAGACGAAAGAUGAGAAAGCCAAAUUUAAUAAGUUGCAAGAUGCAUACAGCAAACUCUUGCCUGAACUGAACAAUGCAAUGAAAACAGUUGAAGAAUUAAAAGAGAAAGAGGCCAGAAAAAUAGAUAAGGCUGAGGCUGACGAAUUAACUCGCAGGUUGGAUCUGGCAGAGAAAGCCCUAGCUGCCAAACAGCUUCAGAUAGACGAAAUGAAGCAGACCAUUGCCAAACAGGAGGAAGAAAUUGAGACUGUGGCUGUCCUCCGAGCUCAGAUGGAGUUGUAUUGUUCUGACUUCCAUGCUGAAAGAGCAGCACGAGAGAAAAUACACGAGGAAAAGGAGCAAUUGGCUGUGCAGGUGGCAUACUUGCUGUCGGAGAAACAUGACCAUGAAGAUCUCAGCAGAAACUCAUUGGCAGAAUUGCAAAGUCGUCACGGAGCUAGGCUACCAUCAAAUCAGGAUAACUCAUCCAAUUUUGGCCAAGGUGGAGCAGAGGACCAGGAUUGGGAGCAGCAACCGAGGAAUAUCCCAGUACAUUCCUGUCCAAAGUGUGGAAUGAUUCUUCCUGAUAUAGACACACUUCAGAUUCAUGUUAUGGACUGUAUCAUCUAAAUACUGUCCUCAGAAAUGGAAACUGCACUUUCAAAGCCCAUCCCCAUCCUUGAGUAGAGAAAUUGGUCUUCAGAAUGUAAUGGCUUUUUUUCUAUUGCUUUCAAUAGGAAUGGUUUGGUUUUAGUUUUUUGUAUUGGAAAUGUACCUUGGGGGAAUAAUGAUUUUUAAUAUGUCUUUAAAGUCAGUUGUAAAAUCUCUCAUAACUGGUCAGAGUUGAUGAUUAUUUGAAAUAAUAUACUUGAAAGAGCAGGAAUAUUAAUUCCAUUCGGCAGUUUUAUUGUUUGAUAGAAUUUUAUUACAAUCAUAGAUCAGUCAAAAAAGAAAAAAGACAAACAUAGACAUUACAUAAAACCCAAACGAAUUUUACAUACAAUCUUGCCAUAUUAUAAGAGUUCUCCUUACUACAAUUAAACAGUGAAAACUCUAAGUAAAAUUCAUCAGAAUGUCCCGAGAACUUUACCAGCAGGGGAGCAAUCAGUUUUAAACGACAAUCCCUGUAAAGUUCACAAUACAAAAUUGUGUGAGAGGUAUUUUCUAUAGCACCAAUUCCACAUGGGGCAUAUCCUUAAAUUAAGUGGAAUUCCCGGUAUAUAUCUGCCAUCCCUGACCGCUGAUGGUAAAGCAUUAAGGUGGGCAAUAAAAAAGAAUGCCAAAAUUUGGGGACAAUUAUGUUGUCCAGAUAGUCUGCCGCUUUAAAUCUAAACAAUUGAUUACCUAGAAAAUUCCCAUUCGUUAAUCUAGCUAUUUCCUCCUGAAGUUCCAUGUCCAUAGUAUGUUGUUUAACUGCCUUCCAGGCCUGGUCAAGUCCUAGCCUGAGGAGUUCCUGACAGGAAAACGGAGGUUGCAGAAGUUUGGUAUUAAUCAUAGUCCUCCACUUAAACUCAAAACUAUCAUGCAUUACUAGGGAGGCCAAGCCCAUAUUAGUAAAUGAGAGUUUUAACCAGAACUUAAGAAUGCAUCGCCAAUAAGCCGGUUCAACCCUCAGCAAGCCAUCCUCCUGCCUAAUAAGAGCACUGGCCACACAACAGGGCACCUGGAGAAUGGCUCUAAUAAAUUUUGUUUGAACAGCCUCCAGUGAGGUGAAAUUACUUGGGGACCCUAGUUGAGCGCCAUAAAGGAUCUGAGGGUAAACUUUGGUGACAUAAUCUUAUUGCUGCGGGGAUGAACAAGACCCCCCUCGUGAAAUGAAAUUGUUUUAUUUUGUUUAUAGAACACUGAGCAUUUUGUAUGGAAGAGUUUAUAUGAGCACUGCGAGAGCCAGGGGACUGAAAAACAACUCCAAGAUAUUUAAAUGACCUGACUUGCUCAAUUUUUGUGUCCUUGAAUAACCCAGUUAUAAUGCUUUGAAUGUUUAGAAAACACUAAUAUUUUUGUUUUAUGAUAAUUAAUCUGAAUAGACUCCAUCCUACAGAAAUCAUGCAAUAUGCCAAGAGCAUGUUUUAGGCCAAUAUAUGUCUGUGCCUAAAGAAGCACCGACACAUAAAGAAGCACCGACACAUGUCUAUCAGCCAGUUUCGGGGGAUGAAUUAAGGGCACUGAGAGAUAAGGCACUACAGAGUUAAUGUAAACGUUAAAUAGAGUAGGCACAAGGAUACAGCCCUGCCUUACUCCUUUAAAUGUAGGACUCUUGUUAGAUAAAUGUCCAUUCAAACUAUCAAAUGAGAAUUUGCAUGUAAAUUGACAAUUAACAUCAAUAACCUACUAUCAAUUGAAAGGUCCUUCAAUUUCAGCCAGAGUUUUUCUCUAGAAAUGAAAUCAAAGGCUGACUUCAGAUCAAUGAAUGCUACAUAUAGAGCUGAGCACGGGUCCUGUGUAUAUUUAGUUGAUAGAAACUUCAAGGUAAAAGUGUGCUCUGUGGUGGCCCACUUUAAAACCAGCCUGUUCUGGAGCAAGAAUAUUAUUACCAUCUAUCCAGUAUGUAAGCUUACCUAAAAGAGGUUUCGCGUAAAUUUUACUAAUAGUAUUUAGGAGGCGUAUAGGUCUAUAAUUGACCGGUUCAUCCUGUUUCCAUUUUUUAUAAAUGGGGACUAUAAUUGCUAUGCCCCAGUCCUUCGGGAUUUACGUACACAAUCAGUGUACAUAAACAAAGAAGCUAACAUCAGGACUCACCAAUCCAUGUUCGCUAAAAAAACCUCAACAGAAAUAUAAUCCACACCAGGGAUUUUAAAUUGAUUAAUAAGGUCUCCAACCUCCCAGGCUGGGAGAUCAUCAACAUUUAGGCCAAUAUCACAUUCUGUAGCAUCUGUCGUCUUCUACAAAGCACGAAAAUGCUAUUCCCAAACCUCUGCAGAGGUUUGAUGAGUGAGAUGAGGGUGAGGGGUGAGAUGAAGGAUCCCUCUCUAGCACAGGCGAGACAAGCCUCCAAAACAAGGUAGAAUUUUUUAGUCUAUCAAUUCAGCCCAAUUACGCUUAACCUGCUGAAGUUUCUUAAUCUUUAACAAAUGCUUGUCUUGAGUUUUCUUAUCAUGAAGUUCCUGGGCAGAGAUGUUAGAAAAACCCUCUAUGUAGCCCUUAAGGGCUCUAAGCAAGAUAUUUUUCGCCGCUACACAUUUCCGGUCAAACCAUGGAUGGUGACAGUGUUUAGAGCACUUCUUAGAAUAUGAUGGGGCCUUAGCAAGGACAGGGAACAACGAAGAUAAAAUACUGUCACAACAAUCUAAGUCUGUCGACUUUUCAUCAGUAGGUAACCCUUUUAGAAUAUCCUCUAAGACAAUAAAGCUUAGAAGAAUUGAGGACAACAGAAAGGCGCCUGACUAGAUCCUCAGACUGCCUAACUUUCCGGUAGGCCCUAGUCUGUUCAGGACAGGGAACCCAGGCACCCACUCGCUGAGCACCAUCAUUCAACCCAAAACUCAAGAGUAGAGGGAAAUGGUCACUCUCAGAACUGGGGAGAACUUGAAAAUUUCUCACCCUCGGGGCCAGGCUGUAUGAAAUAGCUAUGUAAUCGAGCAGCGAAGACUUGGGCCCAGACCAAGCAUAUUAUUUUUUGUUGUUUGAGAGUUGAAUGGAGGUGCAUAUAUACCAUGUUUGUGCAUGAAUGUGUUACACAUUUUUGGAAGCUUAUGUGUGCCAACAUAAGCCUGUGUACAUAUGCUUGCAUGAUUUCAGGUCCAGCACAUAAGCCCAUGCAUCUGCUUGUGCGUGUCUGCACAUAUGUAUCUCUUCACAUGCACUUGUGUGGAUACACAAAUGAACAUUUGAAUCGGUGAAACAGAUGAUGAUAGUUUUAAGCAGGAAGAAAUAUGGGUCCAGGUCCUGAGAAAUUUGUUUCUUGAGUUCAGUAGCACAUGUAAUUGCUGCAUGCUUGGAUGCGACUACACAUGGCCUGGUACAGCUGCUGCUGCACAUCCCUGUCUCUUGUCAAAAUGGUGAAAACUAUUGCCUACAUUGCUUGGGCAUACUCUCAUUUAUACCCAAAUAUGAGUGGAAUUUAAAUAUGUUGAGAGUAUAUCAAGGAACCCAAACCCAUGUUCUCUUCGUUGUUUCAGCUAAUUUCUAAAUGAGAAGUUAACAUACAUUUGGAACAAAUUUAAUAUACUGAAACAAAAUACUGUAAUAUCACUUUUUCCAAAGGCACCUUAAUGAUUUAAUGUUCUUAGUGCUUUUUCUUUACUAUUUGGUCAGAAAAUAAGAUUAAAUUAACUGAUCCUAAUAUCUUUUUAUGAAGUUUUACUGGUGUUGGGUUUGUUUUUUUAAAAUAAUCACCUGGAUUCAUUAUGCUUGGAUAGAGACAAUUUCAUGAUAUGACAAAUUAAAUUGGGUUACAAGAAAAAUAAAAAUGUUCUACAAAAUCGUG